AUGGAGAGACCUCACAACCAAUACAUUCGUCCGCUUCUAACAGAUCUUUACCAAAUCACAAUGUGCUACGCUUACUGGAAAAACGGGCAUCAUAUGGACCACGCUGUCUUUGAUGCAUUUUUUAGGAAAUGCCCUUUCAAAGGCGAGUACACAGUAUUUGCUGGACUUUCUGAAGUCAUUGAAUUUCUUGAGAAUUUUAGGUUUAACCAGGAAGAAGUCAACUAUAUUCGUACCCUAAUCCCUCAUGCAGAGUCAGAAUUUUUUGAUUGGCUUCUCUCAAUUGAUGCUAGCCAGCUAAAAGUAUAUGCGAUCCCAGAAGGCACUUUGGUGUUUCCCAGAAUAAAUUUAUUAAGAAUUGAAGGACCGCUAGCUAUUGCUCAGCUCUGUGAAACUACUAUGCUGGUCUUAUGCAAUUAUGCCUCUUUGAUCACGACUAAUGCAGCAAGAUUUAGAAAAGCAGCCGGAAAAGAUAAGGUUAUGCUAGAAUUUGGCCUCAGAAGAGCUCAAGGACCUGAUGGGGCUAUGACAGCUAGUAAAUACAGUUAUUUAGGAGGUUUUGAUAGCACCAGCAACGCACUUGCAGGGAUGAUUUAUGGAAUUCCUGUCUCUGGAACUCAUGCUCACUCUUAUAUUGCCUCAUAUGUGGAUUAUAGCGACUUUAGAGAUAGAUUGAUUGAUGGACAAGAUAUUCUGCAGCUAGCUUUAGAUUACCGCCGGGAAAGCGGAUUUACUACAAACGAUGGCGAAUUAACUGCAUUUGCCUCAUACGCAAAGGCUUUUCCGAAUGCUUUUCUUGCUUUAGUUGAUACGUAUGAUACUCUAGGCUCAGGAAUUCCUAAUUUCUUAUGUGUAGCACUCGCGCUAUAUAAAAUCGGCCACAAGCCAGUAGGAAUCAGACUGGAUUCUGGAGAUCUGGCUUAUUUGUCUAUACAAGCCCGAGCCAUGUUCAAAAAAACCAGUGAAAAAUUUAACGUUCCUUUUGAAGAUCUUAAAAUCGUCGCUAGCAAUGAUAUAAACGAAACAGUAAUUCAUUCCUUAAAUGACCAAAAGCACCAAAUUGACGUAUUUGGAGUCGGGACUAAUUUAGUUACUUGUCAGUCUCAGCCAGCUUUAGGAAUGGUAUAUAAACUUGUAGAAAUCAGAGAACACCCCAGAAUAAAGCUGUCUAACGAGAAGGACAAAAUCACGAUCCCAUGCAAGAAAAAUGCCUUUAGGCUGUUUGGAGAGUCAGGGGAAGCUAUUUGUGAUGUAUUGAUGAUGAGUGAUGAAGCAGAGCCACAGGUAGGGACUAGAAUGUUAGUCAGACAUCCAUUUGAUGAAAGAAAAAGAAUGUUUGUGGUGCCAAGCAAGGUGGAAAAAUUGCAUAAGUUGAUAUGGGAUGGAAGAUUAGUUGAAAAAAUACCGAGCUUGAGCGAAGGCAGAGAAAGAUUGCAAAUGCAGAUUGAGGCGAUGAGAAAUGAUAUCACGAGAGCUAUUAAUCCAACACCUUAUAAGAUUUCGCUUUCAAGCAAUCUUUAUGAUUAUUUGCAGGAUUUAUGGAAUAGAGAAGUGCCAAUACAAGAAUUUAGAUAA